ACUUAAAAAUUAAUACAAUUUGCGUCUCUUUUGUUCCAGGGACGUGAAUUAUCAAAUUUUAAAAAAGCAGUCUGUGUUAUUAAUGACAAAACAGUUUUUACAAAUUAUUCAUGUUUUGCCAAACCAAUUAGUCGUUAUAAAACAAUUAUUAAUAUUGCUGGUCAUCUUGGUAAACGAGUGGACGAAAUGUCGGCUCAUCUUCAGUUAUUUAAAAAAUUUAAUGUUGUCUAUCGCUCAUUUCUAAUUAAUGUAACGGAGGACUUUUGCCUAAGAUUUGAAAAGAAAACCAAUGCACCGUAUUUAAAUAUUUUACAUAGUGUUGGAGAAAGAUUUACAAAUUUAAAUCACACUUGUCCUUACGAAGGCUGGUUAAUAUUUAAAGAUUUUGAAUUGGAUCUAAGCAAGCUCAAGUUUUUAUUGCCGGAUGGUGAAUAUCGUUUUGAUAUUGAACCAAUUAUUAACAAAGCUACGUCUCCUCAAUUUGCGAUGCAAUUUUUCUUUGAAAUGACACCUACAUUUGGAUGAAAUUUUAAAGAGAUACAAAUUUGUAUAUUUUUUUUUUUAAACAAUUAAGAGUGAAAUUUUAAAAGUGAUAAAAUACCUACAAAUAAUAGAUAUUUGAAAAAAAAUAUAUAUAUAAUUAAGAGACU